UUUGAUUGUCUAGAGCCUCGGCUCUAUACAAACCGCACCCCUUUAAACAAUAUUGCCAAACAGUCCCAUCUGGGGUUUACAAUUGUCAAAUAAAAAAGCAACUAAACACGUCUUACUUCUCCAUGGCUAAAAUAAUCGAACAGCCGCCGCCCCCUUUUCUCGAGUAAAAUCACUGCGUCCGAGGGGUCUGAUCUCUAUAUAAGAUCUCCAUGCUUGCCUUCAUAGAACAAAGUUAAUAGAAAAGAGAGAACAAAAAAAUGGCUUCUUCUCUUGCUUCUCUAUCUCUCUUGCUCGUUUUCUUAAUCGCAGGCGAGCAUGGGCUCGGUGUCUUAGCCCAGAAUUGUGGCAAAGAGAGGGGAGGAGCGGUGUGUGCAGGAGGUCUUUGUUGCAGCAGGUGGGGUUUUUGUGGAAGCACUGAUGAGCACUGUGGUGAAGGUUGCCAGAGCCAGUGCAAACCUCCCGGUGGUGGUGGUGUUGCUUCUCUUAUAUCGCAGUCUCUGUUUGAUCAAAUGUUUAAGCACAGAAAUGAAAAUUCUUGCGAAGGAAGAGACAUUUACACUUACAAUGCUUUCAUCACUGCCGCCAAGUCAUUUCCUGCAUUCGGAACUACCGGUGAUACGACCACCCAAAAGAAAGAGAUCGCUGCUUUUCUUGCUCAGACUUCAAAGGAGACCACCGGUGGAUGGGCAGAUGCACCUGAUGGGCCUUACGCAUGGGGCUAUUGCUUUGUCAAUGAGAAGCGACGAGAUGAUUACUGUCAAGCUAGUGCUCAGUGGCCUUGCGCUGGCGGCAAAAAAUAUUACGGACGAGGACCCAUCCAAAUCUCCUGGAACUAUAACUAUGGUCAGGCUGGGAGAGCAAUAGGCUUCGAUGGUAUCAACAACCCAGACGCCGUGGCCACCGACGCUGUCAUCUCCUUCAAGACUGCCUUUUGGUUUUGGAUGACGCCGCAGUCUCCGAAGCCCUCAGCGCAUGAUGUCAUCACCGGUGGAUGGACACCUUCAGCUGCGGACCGCUCGGCUGGUAGGGUCCCUGGGUACGGUGUCAUUACCAAUAUCAUCAAUGGUGGCUUGGAAUGUGGCCAUGGAAGUGAUGACAGGGUUGCUGAUAGAAUUGGAUUCUACAAGCGCUAUUGCGACCUCAUGGGUGUGCCCUAUGGUGACAACCUUGAUUGCUACAACCAAAGGCCCUUUAAUUUUGGGAAAAGGAUAACACAUAAUUAUGACCACCUGUUUCAACUGAGGAAAUAAACUCCCUUGACGAAUUCUAUGGUUAGAAGUACCACACCUUGCCAACUGGCAUAUAAAAUAAUAAAAGAGAUGAUUCCUUUGAAGAGAUGAUUGCUGUGCAUCACAUGGUGUGGUGGUUUAUGAACUUUAUAUCUUGUGCUCACCGAAGGUGGCCCAAAUCCCACUGACAUAUCAAUAUUUUUAUUUACUUA